AUGCUUCAACGAACACGGCCACUAGCACAGUCCAUUCGUGCUUAUUCGGCAUCUUCGUCUGAGCCAAAAACAAAGAUAAAAGAUGGGCCAUCUUUCGCGGAUUUUGUUAGUUCAGGUAGUAUCCAUGAAGCCGUGGCUAAAUAUCACGGAAAGUUGAAACUCGAGAAAGGCGACCGUCGGUUACGGUUACCAGAUUGGUUAAAAAAAGAAAAGGUUCUUCCCAGUGAAAACGAAAAUGUAUCACGGUUAAAGAAGCAACUAAAGGGCCUGAAGCUCGCCACAGUUUGUGAAGAAGCAAGGUUCUGCUCAGUAAAAACCUCCCGAAAGCCACCUCCAUUGGAUCCGCUGGAGCCGGAAAAAACAGCGUUGGCGGUGAAAUCAUUGGCGAUGUAUAUUACAUCGUUGUCACCUCAGUUGAUCGGUAGGUUUCAAAGUUACUUUUUGGUGUAUUUGAAGGUUAUUCUACUGGAGUUCGCGUUCAGAGAUGACGUAGAAGAUGGCGGUGCAAGUCAUCUUUCCAAAACUGUCCAGCUUAUGAAGAAGGAAAGGCCAGAACUGCUGAUCGAAUGUCUAUUGCCUGAUUUUGCUGGUUGUAUCCGCAAUAGUACUUGGAUAUGCAUGGCGUUAAGUGGCCUUGACGUCUAUGCUCAUAAUGUGGAGACUGUUGAACGACUAACACCAUGGGUUCGAGAUCCAAGAGCGAAGUAUCACCAAUCCCUUGCAGCACUGAAACGGGCUAAAACAACAAAUCCUAAACUUAUCACGAAAACAUCAAUAAUGCUUGGUCUUGGCGAGCAAGACGAUGAGGUUCGACAGUGUUUAGCUGAUUUACGAAGUAAUGACGUAGAUGUGGUCACAUUUGGCCAAUACAUGCAACCAACCAAGCGGCAUUUACUAGUGAAGGAAUGGGUAACUCCUCAAAAGUAA